CAUUUCAUUUUAUUUUCCCCGUUCUCUUUCGAGAAAGCAAAGUUAGGGAGCUUCUGCGAUCACCAACUAUGGCGGAGAAAAGUUUCAAGUACGUGAUCGUCGGUGGUGGUGUCUCUGCUGGAUACGCAGCUAGGGAGUUUGUGAAAUUGGGGCUCCGACCUGGCGAGCUAGCAAUUAUUUCCAAGGAGGCGGUUGCUCCUUAUGAACGCCCUGCCCUUAGUAAGGGAUAUCUCUUCCCUGAGUCUCCUGCCAGACUCCCAGGAUUCCACGUCUGUGUUGGAAGUGGAGGAGAGAAACUUUUACCAGAGUGGUACAAAGAAAAAGGGAUUGAACUGAUCCUUAGCACGGAAAUAGUUAAAGCAGAUCUUGCUGCCAAGGCUCUCACUAGUGCCUCUGGUCAAACCUUCAAGUAUCAAAUUUUGAUCAUUGCAACGGGUUCCACUGUCAUAAGAUUGUCAGAUUUUGGUGUACAAGGAGCUGACGCCAAAAACAUUUUCUAUUUGAGAGAGGUUGAUGAUGCCGACAAGCUUGUAGAAGCAAUUAAAGCAAAGAAGAGUGGGAAGGCUGUGAUUGUGGGAGGAGGAUACAUUGGUCUUGAACUUGGUGCAGCAUUACAGAUGAACAAUCUUGAUGUUACCAUGGUCUACCCUGAGCCAUGGUGCAUGCCCAGGCUUUUCACAUCUGGUAUAGCUGCCUUCUAUGAAGGUUACUACAAAAACAAAGGAAUCAAUAUAAUUAAAGGAACAGUAGCAGUUGGUUUUACCUCAGAUUCAAAUGGAGAGGUGAAGCAAGUCAAACUCAAAGAUGGCAGGGUCCUUGAUGCCGACAUUGUUGUUGUGGGUGUUGGAGGCAGACCCUUGAUAUCUUUAUUUAAAGGACAGGUCGAAGAAGAGAAGGGAGGCAUUAAGACUGAUGGAUUCUUCAAAACAAGCAUUCCUGGCGUGUAUGCUGUGGGAGACGUGGCUACUUACCCCUUGAAGCUAUACAACGAGUUGAGAAGAGUUGAACACGUUGACCACGCUCGCAAAUCUGCCGAGCAGGCUGUGAAGGCCAUCAAGGCACAGGAAGAGGGCAAAUCAACUGAUGUGUAUGACUACCUCCCAUACUUCUAUUCUCGCGCCUUCAAUCUGUCAUGGCAAUUCUACGGCGAUAACGUCGGUGAAACCAUCCUAUUUGGAGACAACAACCCGGAAUCAUCUCAACCCAAGUUCGGAACCUACUGGGUCAAAGAUGGAAAAGUAGUUGGAGUUUUCUUGGAGGGUGGAAGCGCGGAUGAAUACAAGGCCAUCGCCAAGCUUGCACGAGUCCAACCAUCAGUUCAGAGCUUGGAUCAGCUCGCCAAAGAAGGUCUCUCCUUCGCCUCCAAGGUCUAAAUAUUUGUUUAGUUCAUGAAUUAUCAAAAUAAAUUUGAGUUGCCUGAUCAUGCUGCUUGUGUCAUGUGAUGUCCAUAGAUAUUAAGUUUGGUUUUUGUUUCCUUUUGUUGUAGCUGGUAAAUUCUGAAUAUGGUUUGGCUUACCACAGUAUAUGAUCUCCUUAUCAAUUCAAGUUGCCAAUAGUCCAUGGUUUUAGUGUUCU